CUCACCCGCUCACAACCCUCACCCUACUCACAAGGUGAGAUGAUCUCUCUCUCUCUCACUCUCAUGACUCUCACUUGCUCACGACUCUCACCAUGCUUGUAGGGUGAGACGAUCUCUCUCUCUCUCACACGACUCUCAUCCUGCUCGAGCAAGGAGUAGAAUUUGGAAUCUCUAAUCCUCAGGUUUGAUUUCUUCUUCACUCAUGUAUUUUUACAACACAUUGGUACAUGAGUAUUGGUCUUGCUCAUCAAGUGAUUGAUGAAAUGUGUCAUAGAGAUUUGGUUUCUUGAAAUUGCUUGAUUAUGCUAUUGUCCUAUGGGUAGAGAAGGGAGAAGAAGAAAUCCAAUUAUAGAGUUGAUAGAAGUAUCUCAUAUGCUAUUUGUUUUGGUGGUUAAUCAUUUCCAGAAUAAAGAUUUGCCCCCAUCUAGUCUUGGAAAGAAAUUCUGCAAAGCUUGCCGAGCUUUUUCUUCUGACCCUCCUCAUGGAAAUAAUGUUGUUUUUAAGGAGGGUUAUAAUUGUAUGGCUUGUGUAUUAUUUCAAAUUACUGAUUCAAGGAACAUGCUAGUAUCUAUGUGGACUAUGCCAACAUAUCAAAGUUGCAGAAAAUAUUUUGCAUAGAACAAUAAAUGAGAACAGGUUUAUUCACAUAAAGUUGAGAAACAUGAUUUGGGCUUUGUUUGAAGAACUUAAGGAAGUUGUGGGUGAAGAUCACGCCACAAAGGAAUUUUCUCAAUCAAAUAGAGAUUCUUUCUGUCAGAGGAAAGAUAAGGAAGCAACUUCUGAAGAACCUAGGCCAUACAUCCAUCCAGUGGACCAUAUGGAGAUUGGUGAGACCGAUAGCAGUGAAGAUUUAAACACCCAAGUCCCAAUGUCCACAUCGCAUUCUGGAGAGGGGAGUGGAGCUGGUGCAUCACAUGAUGUACCUCGAGAGAGAAGGAGAGCAAAGGUAGCAUUGGAUGGCCAAAUAUAUGUUGUCACCGUCUCUAUAGAUUCUUUAGUGACUAUGGUCCAAGAGAGGCAUGUCUCUCCUAAAGCAUUGUUCGAUGCUAUACUAGAAGUAGACGGAUUUAGCGAAGAUACACUUGACAUCGUCUUUGAUGUCCUCAUAGUAAAUGAACCUCAAGCAAAGGCAUUUUUAGUUAGGAAUAUGGAGCAACGGAGGAGGUGGAUCUUGAGGUUUCUUGAUCAAGGCCAUUGAUGUGGUAAGAUACAUACAAUCAUUAGUUGUUUCAUUUAGGUUUAGGAUGCGAUUGGUUGUCACUUGGAACACACUGAUUUGUUUUUAGUUGCCAUAGCAUCAGAGUUCAUAUGGUCUACACCGAAAUGAACACAUUCCCAUUUAUCAACUAUGUUUGGUUGA